AUGAUUAUCUUCAGCCACCUCUACAUAAUCAUCAAGCGAGUCUGCUGUCGCUGCAAGAAGCGUGAAGGAGACCAGGAUGAGCGUGAUAGGGGGCUGAAGUUAUUUCUAAAUGAUGAAGAGCUAAAAAAGCUGUACGAGUUUGAAGAGCAGUGUGUGGAAGAAUACUUUCAGGAAAAAGAGGAUGAGCAGCAAUCAUCUAAUGAUGAACGCAUCAGAGUUACCUCUGAAAGAGUUGAAAAUAUGUCAAUGAGGCUAGAAGAAGUGAAUGAAAGAGAACAUUUUAUGAAAGCUUCUCUUCAAACAGUUGACCUUCGACUCUCUCAGUUAGAAGAACUAUCUGGUCGGAUGGUGAAUGCUCUUGAGAAGCUGGCAGGUGUUGACAAAUCUGAGCUAACGUAUACACGUUCACGGGCUUCAUCUGAAUGUGAUGCUGCAUAUCUCCUAAGGCAAAGUAGUGUCAACAGCUCGGAUGGCUACAGCAUGUACAGAUAUCACGUUGGUGGUGACGAGUUAGCAUAUGAUGACAGCACUGCUCCAAUGUCACCAGCCAUAGGAUCACGUAAAAAAGCUCAUUCUGUUGGUACAAAAGAAGAUGGAGCAGACCCAAGGAUGCUGGUUCCAGAGCACCAUACCAGUCUCCAUUAUACCUCUAGUGCUAAUGCAGUGCCCCCAGCAGAUUGCAGUAGAUCUGCAUUAGACAUUGCACAGAGUAUUUCCGGUCCCCAUUCUGGCUCAGGUGGUUUGGGGGAUGAAAACCAAGGAAUUUUCAAGAAGGAUGAAAUAGCUCCUCAAAGUUUAAACCAGAUGGAUGCUAUUAUGCACAGACAAUCAGUACCAAGAUCAGAUUUUCAGAACACUCAGCUGAAAGUAGAACGGACCAAGUUAGAGGCAACCAUCUCUUAUCCCUUGGACAAAUGUAAAGCAAUGCGCUAUUUUCCUCCUGAAACAUUCAGUGCUUGUCAAACUACUAUGAUGAAGUCAAGGAGCUUUAUAUUUGCACAGGGUGGGAAGCUGGUUGGUGGGGUAAACAACUGGACAACAGAAUAUAGUACCAUCAUGGAUCAGGUGUGCCCUUCUACAAUUGAGCAGUGGGCUACAGAGUGGAAAUACGAAGUUGAGCAGCAACUUUCUCAAGAACGUCCUCCAGAAUACCCAGGUAUUAUCUCUGAAGCAGAGAGGCAGGCAGAACAGAAACAGUUACAAAUGGACACAGAUGAUGACAGUGAUGUUGGUGAAGCAGGUAUUGGUGCCUCUUAUGCCUCUAUGCCUGCUGCUGUCAAAACUCAGACAGAGAACUUGUUAUCAGUAAAGCCAGAAAGGACUUCUGGGUUCCCAUCAGUACGAUCAAAAAGUUUGCAUAGCCAUUCUCGGAAAGCCAAGUCUAUAAAGGACAAAUUAAACAGACCAGGACAUGCCACUAGCGUAACUAACUUAGUAGUAGCAUUUGGCAGUGCAACAGAAGAACAGAAAGCUGGACAAGAAAAUGCAUCCACAGAAACUGAGUGUUGAAACAGCUUAUGGCCCUUGUUUUACUGACCGUCAAAAAAGUAGCGCGGCUAAUUGAAAAAAAGAUGGAUUUUUUUAAUGAAUUUAUACAGAAUAAUGUUGCAUACAUUUGUUUCUCUUCAUUUUAGACUUAUUAGGUACGUGUUGUGCUCUUAAAUAAAUCCUUGCUGGGUCAAGUGAAAGGAAGAUAUUCGCUCAGGGGCAGAUAUAAAAGCAGGCUGGUCUGCAGAUGCUGACAGCAUUGACCUUUCUUUGUUCCACUUCCACUUCCCUUGUAAACUAAUUUACUGAUAGAGUCUUCAUAAAAGCUCUUGAAAGGACAAUACAAUCAUUUAAUAAUUUAGAAAAUACUUUUUCUUCUUUAUCUGAAGACUAGUUAAACUGCACUAAUUUUUAACUAGCCAUUGUUUUUAUCCUCACACAGCUGGUUUCUUUGUGGCCACUAUAUUUUCAGAUCAAAACAAAAUUGUUGAAUGCAUGGAAUAAUUAUGUAGUCCUAUUUCACUUCUUGUUUCAUGCUUGUUUCAUGCAGAACUUUCAGAAAGGCAGAACAGAGCAGCUUCUACCCAAUAGAAUACUUCUGAGUGGAAAAAUACAGUUAUGUUUGGAAAAACCUGACCUGGAAUGCUAUGCAUACACAUAUUCUUGACCUGUCCUUGAACUUGGCUGACAUAGUCUGCUUUCAGGAUCAUAUCUGUCUCUGCCCCAAAGCAUUCUGGCAGCCUUAAACUGUUGAAAAACAGUCAUCAUUGUUUCAAAAUGUUUAGAGAGAUUUUCAGUAUUUAAAGAGUAGAUUGAUUUCAAUAAUAUGAAUCCAAGAUCUGCAUUAGUGUUUUAUAUAAACAGAAUAGCAACAGAAUCCCACGUAGAGGAGGAAACUGUUUUGCCUGCAAAAGAAAAAAACAAACAGGAAAUGUAUUCUGGUUGGCUGUGUUCUGAUCUCACCCAAUCUGCAUUUGAAGUAAAUCUAUUGUGACAGAUUGAUCUUCAGUUCUGCAAUUUCAUUAUGACAAUGCACAAGGAACAAGAGUUUCUGUGAGUUAAUCUAAACAAAAAAAAAUUCUAUAUAUGGGAAGAGGAAUUCCAUGUAUUUCCUUCAGUCAAUUUCAAAAAGAAAUUUCCAACGGAAAAGCCCUUUCUACAGAGUAAGUAUUUUCCAUCACUCAGCAACUAAGACUGAAAUCCACAUCUCUAGUCAUAAUUAGCCAGAACGCUUGACUCAGCAGUAGCAUUCCAUAUGCUUGGUUUUGGUAAUUUCCUUCGUAAUAGUAUGAUUUUUCAUUUGCCUCAUUCUUGUCUGUUAUGUUUUAGGAAUUUUGUUUUCCUAAAUAUUCAGCCCCUCUCUCUGCAGGGAAAGCAUACCAUUUAACAGAAAAGAAAGAAAAGAAGUUAAAACUGUGUUACUUGUUCACAGAAUAUUGGUCAAAAGUUUACACUUAACUCAGUAACAGUUAGCACUCAUUUAUUCGCUAUUUUGAAAAGACAGAAUUUCAUUUCCCCCCUCUCCCCCCAUCAGCUCCUCUUUAUGUACAUUUCAGUACUGAUGCUGCUUAUAGCACACUGGAAUACAGAGACUGAUGUAAGACUUUAAAAUGCAUUGAUGGCAUCAGAUUUUUAUUAUAUGUAUUAUAUUUUCAUACGCCAUCCAUAACUACUUUUGAAGUAUUGCUACCAUGCUGCUUGAUCACAGAGACCGCUUAGACAUUUGGGAAAGGUCAGCCAUCGUUAUCAUACAUUUUUGCCAGCUUGAUCUCAUGAGCAUGUUUACUGGUUUCACUGUUAUCAGAACAGUGUUGACAUUUGUUUUUCAUGAGGGCUUCUUUUUUUAUUCAAGUUUAGGGAAUGUGACAUUUUAUAUAAACAGAAUGACAUUUGAAAUUGUUUCACUUCCAUGUUUACUUUUGUGUUACCUUUCUAUGCAACUACACAGCUAUUUUGUAUGCAUGGUUAAUAUAUCCUCCAAUUUGUCAAUGCCUUUUUAUUGUUUGCCUGCAUGCUCACCAGGAACUAAUUCAUCAACAAACACAAAGGGAUGCAGCUAUUCAGCACUUUGCUAAACAAGCAGAGUGCAUUGUGGACCGCAGUACGGUGUGUUGCAUGCCUCUUGUUACAUUGUGUUUAUAAAAUUUGCAUUAAAUCAUGCUUUGUUUGACCAGACAUUUUUUAGCAUUUGCAUUACCAAGUUUCGAAGUGGCAUGUAGUUUUCAAACAACAUUUUACUGUUGUAUUUAUUUUCUUCUCUUGUGCAAAACAUUUAUAAAGAAGUCAUAUUAAAAAGAUAUGGAAUUAAUUCAGUAUACCAAACUGACCACUGUAAGGAUAUAAAAACUCUUCACUUACUUUUCUUCUUAUGCAGCAAAUGGGCUGAAUGUUUUCUAAGCAAAGUUUCUUUUUUACCACUUGCGAGUAAUUUUCCAUCACGCUCUCUAUACAGGGUCAGAUGUUUCCUGUGCUCUUGCACUGGAUGAACUGAAAUGGUAGCCUCCUUGCCAAUAAAUGUGAAGUGACUACACUGAUGUUGGCAGAGUUAUGUUAGACAAAUAGCCAUAUUAAGAUUUAAAUAUGGCUCUGUAU